AUGUUUGAUCAACAGUGCCCAGAUGCAAUAACAAAGAAGCCUCUUAGAUUCCAAGGCCUAACUGGCAUAGUAAUUCAUGAGCAGCUCGACGCCAUUCUCACACAAUCUCAGGAGCCUGAAAUUAAUAUUUCGAAGACUUCUCAAACUUUGGUCCUUCGAUCUUUAACUCAAGAAAAGCCAAAAAAGCUGAAAGCCCAAAAGCGAAUUCAAAUCAAUUCUUAUAGAACUCAAACCAAAAAAGCAUGUGAAGUCUAUGAUUUUUUAUCAAGUUCUGAUACUGCUACUAUGCCCACAAUGAAAUAUUCUGAUGAGGCUAGCAGCUCUAAUUAUAACUUCAGCUAG